UUUUCACAGUUGUUUCAUCAGUAGGUGUUUACAUUCGUUGAUGUAGCUUCAAUUCAGGAAGAAAUUUACCAACUAAAAAACGAAGCGUUCGAAUCAUGGAACUGGAAGAAAAUCACAUCGAAGGUCAGAAAACCACUUCGCAGCUGCUAGAAAGCGACACCAAUGAUACAAAGCAAAUCCCAGACACACCUCCAUUGCUAAUUUCCAAACGAUUUUUGGUCGCAAUCGUGCUCUUCUUUUGCUACAUAGUCUUCCAAAUACUCAGAAACAACAUGAGCAUCGCUAUAGUUGACAUGAUAGCAAACAAAUCGCUCAGCAACGACCCCAAUGCAACUCAAUUCGGUCCUGAAUUUGACUGGGACUCGAAAACAGUCGCAUUAGUCAACAGUAUAAUUUCAUAUGGUAGUUUAUUCUCAUUCAUGAGUGGAUUCAUCGUCGACAAAUUAGGUGGAUCCGUGACCUGCUCUUUAUGCAUGUUCCUAUCUGGUAUCUUGACCAUAUUACAUUCGGCUGCAUUGGAGCAAAAUUUUUACAUAUUUUUGGCAUGUCGAUUUCUCACUGGUUUAUUUGAGUCUAGUUUUUACGUCAGUACUACGUACAUCUCUUCGCGAUGGUUCCCGAAGAGGGAGAGAACUACUUUGAUAUCAUUUGCAUUCAAUGGGACAAAUUUCGGCGUUGCAGUGACGUAUCCUUUCUGUGGGUAUUUGGCCAAGAGGUGGGGAUGGCGAAUGGUAUUUUAUGUCACAGGUGUUAUAGCCUUGUUUGUUGCGUUACUCGUGCAGAUUCUUGUACGAAAUCAUCCUUCACAAGACACAUGGAUCACUAAAAAAGAACUCGCUUACAUACUCGAAGAUACUGACGACAUAGAUAGCCCUAAAAUGGAACAUAAAGAUUCUAAAAAAGAUAAGCAUGUAUUGAAAUAUAUGCUGACAUCAGGACCACUUUGGGCACUUUAUGGAGGCACGUUUUGCUUCAUGUGGAUGAGCACUAUUUUAGGAGCAUGUUUGCCUUUAUACAUCAAUGAUGUUACUAAAAAAGAAGUAGACGAAAUAGGAUACCUAUCUUCAGUUCCGAACGCUGUUUACAUCUUCAUGUUCCCGAUACUCGGAGCACUGAUAGAUUAUUGGAAAAAUCACAGCGAUAUUAGCAUGACUCGAAUACACAAAAUACUGCUCAGCUCAGCGUUCAUCUCGGCGAGUUUACUUUUCACAGCAGCUGUAUUUAUUUCAGAUUACACCACGUCCAUGAUACUUUUCAUCACGAUUCAAGUUUUCUUAUCAGUUGCACCAUUAGUUUUUUCGCUCAUCAUCGUCAAUAUAGCUCCCAAGCAUACCAGUCAUGUAGGCGGCCUUUGCUCGAUUUUUUUCUCCUCCGGCGCAUUUGUCGCCCUAAUCGUUACCGGAUUCAUCGUAACCAAUCACACUAUUCAAGAAUGGAACAAUACGUUUCUACUGACAGCCGGAGUAUCGAUAGUCGGCGCGCUAAUAUUUGUCUUGUACGGAUCGAGUGAAGCUCAAAAAUGGUCUUUGUAAUAGCUCUUAUCGAUAUAUGUAGAAUAAUCGAGUUGAUAUUCGUACAUAUUUGAAAAGAAAAUUUAAGCUGACAAGCUUCCGUGUAUUAUGUUUCACGGUCACCUUAGAUAUGAAUGUAAAAUACAUAUGUAGGUACAUAUAAUACGGCAAUAAACUAUAAAGGUUGG